AUGUCAGUUGGUGUUUCGAAGAAAUUCUUCAAAGUGGUCCAUGCAGAGUUUGACUUAUUGGAGAGCCAUCCUAGUACCAAUUUUUGUUUCCAUGAUUUGAACAAAGUGUGUGUUGUUAAAUGUGAAGCUGCUGUGAGUGAGGAUGAAAUGAGUGACUUAAGCAACAUGUUUAGGAUGGAUUUCUGUGUUACUCCUUCAGCUGUAGAGAAGAUAAAACAGCUUCUUAAAGAUAAACCUGAGCAUGUAGGUGUAAAAGUUGGAGUCCGUACUAGGGGAUGUAAUGGACUUUCAUACAAAUUAGACUAUACAAAAACAAAAGGUGACUCUGAUGAAGAAGUAGUUCAAGAUGGAGUCCGAGUGUUUAUUGAAAAGAAAGCACAGCUGACACUACUAGGAACUGAAAUGGACUAUGUAGAAGACAAACUGUCUAGUGAAUUCGUCUUCAAUAACCCAAACAUCAAAGGAACAUGUGGCUGUGGAGAAAGCUUUAACGUUUGAAUCUCAGGGGUAGUACUUUGUCUUUUAACACCAUGAAAUACUUCAUUGCUGUGGCUUUCUAAACUUUUAGGUUUUUAAGCUUUGUAAAAAGUGUGACUGCCUUUCAAGGAAAAUAAAGUGAAUGCCUUUUGAAAAUGUAACCGGUGUGUUAAAUUUUAGCACUGCUGUAUUUAUUCUGUAUUGGGAUGAACUAGGCUCUAGACAGUAAGAACAGCAAUGAACAUUUUCAUAUAUAUAAAGAAAUCUCAAUAUUUCUUCUUGUCAUUUCCAUCUCCUUCAUCUCUUUCAGCCCCCUAGAAAGUGAUCUGUAAGAAAACACUACCUAUCCAUUCUCCUUUCAUUACAAGGACACUAUAAGAAGAUAUAUAAUGGAUAGGCUUCAGAAUUUACUUACCUACCUUUGUGUUUUCUUUUUUAAUGAGUGUAUCUGACAGAUGUUUCCAAUGUUUUCAUCUCUUGAUACUUUAUGUACAGCUUUACUAAUGAGAGGGAAAUUAAUGUCUUAAGAAGGAGGAAAUCUUGCCUUCCAGCGCUAAAAUGUUCAUGUUAUGUCACCAGCACUGAUUAUGUCUUGGAAUGAGCUAAUACCUUGGUGUCCAACCAGUUCUAAAGCAAGUAGCCGCUAUAGCGGCUACUGCUAUAGCAAA